AAGCGAGACCGUGUUACUGGUAAACAAUGGUAUGACCCCUCAGGGACCUGCCAGGCUGAUUGUUGUGCAGAUUAAAUCCAAACACAAUGAAGAUGUUCUCGAUACUCCACAUGGUGGUACUGUCUUAUCUUUAAAUACCGAAUGUUUGUGCGACUCGUCAACAAACCCAAACCCACAGUCAGACUUCAGUGACGCUCCGCCGCAGACAGCCUUCGUUCAGGACUUAUUUAGGAGCGUGCGCCUUUAAGGACGUCGAACAUUGGAAGCCAGCCUAGAGAACAUUACAUCUGUAUCGAUGAGCGAGUGCCGAGAGGGACAGCUGUUUAUCUUUGGGAUGUGAAUAGGGAAACCACAUCUAUUAUACAUACACCGAUCACAAUUAAUCAUUUAGGGGAAAAUAUUUAAUUCGGGAAAGGAAAACGUAGAGGUAUAUGAUACAGACGGAAGACAGACUCGUUACAGACAGCGGUAUACGUAACGGACGGAGGACAGAUAUACAGUCAUGUCCAAACUGACAGUGGAGGCGUUGGAACAGCACCACGAGACUAACACACGUACCAGGCGUCUGUCCGUCUUCAAUAAAGAUGGGUCGGACAGCACGGGGCUCAAUGUAACGGGGCCAAACCUGCGUCGGCUCUCCCGGCCUGAUCACAGACUCAGCGUACAGUACGGUUACACAGGUAGGCGGCCGUCCCAGGUCUCAAGGACAAGCAUCUCUGGGUCGGUGGGGCCAAAACACAUUGGAAUACCAAUCAAACUACAGAACACAUACAGACUCGAACCUCUUCCCAAAGAGAAGUUCGACCCGUCAAAAGUAAAUACCAUUAUGUAUAACGUCCUGGAAUCUUACCUUGAUGGUGAGAAAUACGACCCUAAAAUGUGUUCAAAUCUCGCUCAGAACCUCACAGACGUUAUAAAGAAUCGCGUGAAGGAGCUUGGUUAUGUGCGCUACAAACUUGUCUGCAACGUCAUAAUUGGUGAAAACUCCGCGCAGGGCAUGCGCGUAGCCAGUCGCUGUCUCUGGGACGACAGUACAGACAGUUACGCGCAAGCAAGUUACUCCAAGGGACAGAUCUACGCCGUGGCCACUGUGUAUGCAACCUAUUUUGAUUAGUGAUUUUGUUUUAUUUACGUAUUACAACAUAUUAAAAUAUAUGGUGCGAUGGUCAGCGUACUUGAACAGAAACGUAUCUGAAAGAGGAAAUGGCUGUGUCACACCGGGUCAUAGGUCAAGUUCAAACACAAGUAUAUUCCAAACAAGUAGAUAAUGCUCUCUAAAAUUAAGAAAUGUUACAACUGAGCAGAGACAGUUUUUCAUCGACCAUAUGUUUGAAAAGUUUGGCCGAGUGGGACUUGAAAGUCACGUGAAUGUUCGACGUAGGUCUUGCUCAAUUUUGUUGAGGCAUAUAAAGACAAAGUUGUAGCCUAAGUGAUGUUCAGAGGAAACAAGUUCAGCACAUUUUAGAACUAACUGGUUCAAUUUUUAUUGAGCAAGGACGGCAAACAAAUCCACAAAAAGGAAAAAGCAAAUCACUUUAUUUAUCAAACAACAGAUUUAUAUACGUUUCAUUGAAAAGCUCCAUCAUUAAUCUACAAAUACCAGUCCAUUGUAGCUGUAACGCCACAAAUCUGGUCCAAAUGCAGUUAUCGGCUCCGUUCCUAUACAAUAAACUGUAUCGAUAAGUCGAGAUAGUAACAUCACUAAGUAAAUAUAUUAGAACACAUUCCAGCUUCUCCUGGAAAUUGUAGGUUAGAAACUUUUUACAGGCCGCAUGGGUAUUAACGAUUGUUCCUUCAGCUUUGUCAAAGAAAACGUUUGUGUAGUGUUCCAUUACGUACAUGGUUCUGUGCCCAUGGGAUGCUAUCUCACCUUAAGGGUAUAUGCCACCUUACUGUUAACAAAUCUCCGUUACAAUAGACUUCCACGCUAAAGCUAUUGAUUUAUGAAUUAACCAUAAUGGAUUCAUUGAUAAAAAGGAAGCAGUUCUGAAUUGUAAAUUUCUGAGAUAUUGCCACUUAAAAUUCCCUUUCAUCAUAAUGAGCUAUUACAUAUGACAGGUAUAAUGUGUAAGAUGGUCUAUAUACUUAAAUUAAUAGUUAGUUCAUUUUUGUAUAAUGUGAUAUCUGUAUUGAAAUUCCGUCCAAAUUAAACUAUUGUUGUAACCUGA